CUUUGAGCUUGUCUGAAGAGCUGUCAUCAACAUCACUUGCAUCAGAUCACUGCACUUUCACCAGACAUGCCAUACUGGAUGAAUUUGGCUACAUAUACACACACAUUAGCCCAUUAUGUUCACUCAUCUCUAUAUGGUAUGAUCAGUCAGUCAGAAGGAGAAUUACAGGAUCUCAUCAUGAAGCUAACAGAUAAGGAAUGAUUAGGCAGGAUAUAUUUUUUGAUUUUGCAUGUUUUUGGUAUCAUUUUCUUGGACACUGCUUUCAAGUGGCUUCAGAGCAAUGGCUAGUUGUGGAAAAUGUGAUGUGCUCUUGCGCCUAUUUGUAGGCCUGCUAAAAAUAGGGUCCGGCUGGCAACACAUGCUCUGCUGUGAUUGACAAUUCUAGUGCUACUGGGAAAGCAGGCUCCAAAGAACAAGCAAAGAAACACACUGAUGUGGCUCUCCAGUUAGCUACAAAGUGGAACUCUACAUUUUGUUUCCAAAAGCCUGGAGACAAACCUCAAUUUGAUUCUACAGAAAUAUUGAAACCCCACUUAAAGGGACUGGUGGGAUUUUUGGCCUGUUGAAAUUAUUUGUAUUGGACAAUGACAUCCAGGAGGCCCAUGACCCGCUCUUUCUCUGGAAAUGGGAGAUCGGGAAGCCAAAAUGGGGAGGAUGUCUCGUCGGCAAACGGAAGGUCAGAGAGCCGCAACUACCUCUCCAACGUUAGGCCUGAAAACAGGAGUACAUUAUGUACCGUCAUGGCUCAUUUAACCGAAGAGACCCAGCCAUGUUUUGAGACCACCAUAAAAUCAAAGGCAGUGUCAGAAUCAUGCAAUGUCAAAUUCUCUUGUGUGGUCACAGGUUACCCGGCUCCUGAGUUGACCUGGUACAAAGAUGACAUGGAGUUAGAUCGAUAUUGUGGCCUUCCCAAAUAUGAAAUUUUCCGCAAUGGAAAAAUUCACACACUGCACAUCUACAACUGUACAGAAGAAGAUGCAGCCAUUUAUCAGGCCUCAGCGAGGAACAGUAAGGGCAUCGUCUCCUGUUCCGGGGUACUGGAGGUGGGGACCAUGAGCGAGUACUUGAUCCACCAAAGGUUCUUUGCCAAACUGAAACAGAAGGCUGAGAUCAAGCGGCGAGAGCUGGAAGAGAGUCGACGUCGGGGUAAGGAGAACAUCCAGAAGGAACAAUUACAUGUGAUUAACCAGGAACGCUUACUAAGGAAGCGUAGGACUCCUGCUGGGAACGACCCCCUGAGCUCCUCUCCCACAACCCAGGGUGGAGAGGAGAAUGUGACCUCCCAAGGCACAGAUGAAGAGCAGCCUGCACUCAUGGAUGAUAAGUCUGAUAACAUCAUGGCACAGGCAUCUGUAGUAACCAAAGAGAUGAAAACGGAGAAUGGUAUUGAGAAAAUCAACAGUAUCUGCGAUCCAAUGGAGGUGGUCACCACGAAGCAGUCCACCAAAGAGAAACCGGAUGAAAAGAAGCAGCGUAUUACCAAUGGAUUUGAUGAGGUGGGUCUUAUUAAGCCCACCGAGAGUUACAGAAAACAAGAGAAUGCUUAUGAAGAAAUGACCCUGGCACAAUACCUAGCUGAGUCUGUUAAGUCACAGGCUGCUGAACAACAUCCAAAUUCUGAGAUCAUGGAUGUCGAUGUUAGUCCUGUCCAAGGAGAAAAAGAGCUGGAGAAGGAACAAGAAAGACUAAAAGAAGAGGAGAGGGACCGAUCAAGAGAAAUAGAGUGGGAGAAAGAGCUAGAGAGAGCCAAAGAAAGAGAACGAGAGAAAAUUAGGCAAACAGAACAAGAGCAAAGAGCUGUAUCUGGGCCUUCAACCAAAGCCGCAUCACACAAAGAGCCAGAACCUCAACACAAGUCAGCUCUAACCUCGGUUUUUCACUCCUUAAAGGGCAUAUUCUUCGGCAAAAGCAAGAAGUCUACAGAGACAGCAGAAACCACGAGGAGAGCUAGUGAAGUGAUCAUAGAAAAAGAAAUUCAACUCCCUCCCUCACAAACACCUCCUCAAGAGGUGGCCUCCGAACAGGAUGCACCAAAGCUGGUCCAGGAAUCACCUCAAACGACGGACUUGGAAGUAAAAAGAAAGUCUUUACAACAAACACAAGAUUCAACCACUCCCAAUGAUAUCAUAAACUCUAAAUCAACCGAACUUCAUGCAAACAAACCUGAGGUUGUGUCUCCCACCCCUGAAAGCCAUCUUGAGAGCAUUGAAGAAACCAUUAGACUUUCUGUAGAGCAGAAGGAGAUGCCAAAAGAGGAGAACAGUCCAGAGGAAGUCCCGCAGAUUUCUCAUUCGCUGCUUUUCAAGGCUACAGAUGACCGUGCUAAACUUGGCACCACUGAUGUUCCUGCCUCUGUGGACUUGCCCAAUCCUCCAUGUGAGACUGAAAGGCUGGAAUUUACCUAUCCUGUGGAUGAGGUCAUGCGAGGUGCUGAGGAAACGCAUAUUUUAGAGGAACAGGGGGGCUCAGCUGCCCCCCUGACAGACCUCAUCAUGGCAGACCUGGAAAGCACACAGUGUUGUGAGAGCCAGCCAGAGUCUCAGCUUUCACAGCUUGCCGACGUUGUCCCUACCCAAGUGCACACUGAGUCCCAGUCAGCGGAGCUGAGGGUAGAAGAGAGCAAAGAGCCGUGCGAGUCAAAUGAGAAAGUAAUUCCUCUUAAGAAGGAGGAAAGUGUUAUGAAAACGCUAGAGGGAGGUUCCCUGACAGAGAAAAAUAAAGAGGAGAUGGAUGGUGCAAUAGAAAGGAAAUCUUUCCCUGCAGAGGAAAAUGAGUCUGAGAGUGACUUUGUCAUAAAAGAGUCAGUCCUUCCUGUUGUUGUAGUGAGUGAAAGAGAAUAUGAACUUAAUGAUCAAAAUUCAUUGUCCCCAGCGUCGGGCCUAAGUCAAGAAGGGGAUUCUGUCGCUCUCGUAUCUAAUAGUGCAAUGGGAAUUGAUUUUAUACCAGAUGAAAAAUCUAUACCAGCACUAAAUGUUGGUUUCACAGAGAAUGAAGAAGUUCCAGCUGUCUCUGCUACAGCGAAUGACUUUGAUAUGGGGGAAGACAAGAAUGAUAAAAGCAUUCCAAGUCAGAGCAGGAGUGCUGAAGAAAAGGGAAAAGAUAGUAGUGAAGAUAAGAUAGAGAAAAGCAGUGAGAAAGAGAGGGAGGAAAAGGGCAAUGUCAAUGCUGAAAAACUAAAGGAUGAUUCCAGUCAACCAAAGAAAGAUGAUGUUAAGCGAAACAAGAAUGUCGUUCCAGAGACAGAAGCAUCUAUUGUGAUUCCAGAGAUGGAAAUCCCCAAAAGUCCAAGACGAGGUGAGACUGAGGUUAUGGAAACUCAAUCGAGGCCAUACAAAAUAGAUAAACCAAAACUCCUAACGAAAACACAAGGCGAAAGACGUUUAACAGAGAAGGACCAAUCAGCAGUCCAACCGAUUAUAAUACUCCCCGAUACAAGAGAAACGGUCAUCAAAAAUGUGGCAAAGAAGAGAUCCAUGCCACUCAUCCCAGAAAUCAAGGUCACAUUGCCAGAAAGAGUCAAACGUGAAGAACCUGUUAUUGCGCCUAGAAGUGAAAUGCUGAAAUUGGAGCCUGAGCGAGUUAUGCAACCUUUAACACAAGAGGUUGCACAGAUAUUUCGAGAAAAGGAAAGACAGAUGGAUGAUGCAACAAGAGCAUCAGGUGAAUCAGCUUCCAACAGUGCCUUAGGUGUUCCGGAUCUUUUGGGUGUGACAAGGAGCACUCCAUCAUCACCUUCCAUGGAGAGAACACAGGAAGUUAAACCACAAAAUCUUGAAGCAAAAGUGAGAGGUGGAGAAGAACAAGGUAGUCUCAACACUGGGUGGGGCAGGGAAGAUGACAAUAAUAUCCCUAUAAUCAGCAUAGCAUGUGCUGAUGAUAACGCAACCACUCUUAAACAAGAGCAAACUCACUCACUUCCUGGCAUUGUAAUCUCACAAGAUAACACUCAAGAUAAUCCUCCCAUUUCUGUCACAAAUGCAGAAAGACGUAUCGAUAGCAAAAAAGAUGAUUUUGAUGCUUUAGUUGCUAUGAUGAAGAGUGAAAGCGACCAACAUGGUCCAGCUGCUACUUCUGAGAAGCCAAAAGAGUCCCAACUGAGUCCUGAUAUGUCUACAAAAACCCCUCCUAAUAUUACUAACCAAGACCCAGACAGAGUUCCUCAAUCGAGAGACACAAGAAUAGAACCUGAAGCUGACAGGCUUCAAAAGGACAAACCUUCCAUAGAGAAAAUUAGCCUAACAGCCCCUGUGGGACCUACGCUCCCUCCACUAAGUCCUGCCAGUUUGCGAAGGCUUAUGGCAAAGAAUAAUCCAAACUUAGAGAAUCAGGGGUCUAUCUCAGGUGCAUCAGCAGAUGGAAGUGAGAAGAAAGGAGAAGAGAGUGGAGGAAGCACACCCACAUCCACUCUAUCUUGUGAGAGUAGCCCCAAGAUGAAGCGACGAGACAGUCUCACCCUAAUACCCUCUGCCACCCCUGAGGAGCUGGCUUCUGGUGCUCGACGCAAAAUCUACCUUGCCAAAACCAAGUCUGAGGAUGAGGCAUCUGACACGCAGGGUAAGAGGGAUAGUCCAUAUAUGUCGCCCAGUCAGGCUCGCAGGGCAGCUUUCCUGCAACUUCAAAGUGGGCAGCAAACACCUCCCACAGAAAGACGUUCACCAUUGCUGGCUCGCCGCAAGGCCACACUGGAGGUGCCAAAACCCAAGGAGGAGGUAGCGGAGGUGGCAGACAGCACAAAGACAGAAAGCAAACCAGCAGAAAAGGAGAAGUUGGAUCCCUUCAAAGCUCCUCAGGUUAUCCGCAAGAUUAGGGGAGAGCCCUUCACAGAUGCCUCAAGCCACUUGAAGCUGUGGUGCCAGUUUUUUAACAUUCUUAGUGACUCCACCAUCAAGUGGUAUAGAGACGAAGAGGAGAUUUUGGAGAUGGAAAGACGUGCUGGUGAUGAGGGUCCAGUGGCACUGGCCAUAGUCCAGGCUUCCAGCAGAGACUGUGGAGUGUAUGGCUGCUCAAUCAAGAAUGAAUAUGGGACUGACACCACUGAUUACUUACUCAGCGCAGACAUACUGGCAGAAUUUUUCUUAAGGGAGGAUUUGGAAGUUGGAGAAGAGAUUGAGAUGACACCAAUGAUGUUCACCAAAGGCCUGGCAGACUCGGGUUACUGGGGCGAGAAAUUCUUUGGUCGCAUCAUGACUGAAGAGGUGCAGAUUGGAGAGGGAUGUGUACACAAGACCUGCAGGGCAAAGGUCAUCUAUGGUUUGGACCCUGUCUUCGAGUCAGGCAGCACGUGCAUCACUAAAGUAAGAAAUCCCAUCGCAUAUGGGUCAAAGGAGGAGAGCAACCUGGUUGAGAGAAAUCUAGAGAUCACCAAACAGGAUUGUAAAAUCCAGAAUACCGUUCGGGAGUACUGCAAAAUAUUUGCUACUGAGGCCAGAUUGAUCGAGAACUUUGGAUUCUCUUUAGAAGUGAUCCCCCUUCAUCUGAUGUAUCGGCCCGCCAAUACGAUUCCAUACGCUACAGUAGAGACUGAUCUGAAGGGCGUAUUUUUGAAAUACUGCCUGAUGGACAGCACAGGGAGACUGAUCGCCAGAACCACCUCUGAAGUGGAGCAGAAGUGUUGCGCUUUCCAGCAUUGGAUCCAUCAGUGGACUAAUGGAAACCUCUUGGUUACCCGGUUAGAAGGUGUCGAUACGAAGAUCACAAGCAUUGAAAUUGCUACUAAGUCUAGAGGGUAUCAGGGCCUCACAGAUAAAGGAUCUCCAAAGAUAAUCGAGCAGUUCAUUACCCAACAUCAGUGCAACUAUUAUUGUGGAUUGUUGAGCCUAAGACCCUUAAAGCAAAUGGAUUCUCUACUGCAGCCUAAGAUAAAGACCUCCAGGAGCCCUCUACUGGCCCGGAGAGGCGUAACAGGCUCAUCUAGCCCUCAGCUUCAGAAGAAAGGAACUAGCCCACAGUCCACCAGGAAAGGCACUUCGAGCCCCAAAGUGGUUAAAAAGACAAGUGAAUCCGGGGAGAACAAUUCCACUACCAAACACAAAGCUGUGGAAGUCCCAAAACCUGUCAGGAUGAGGUAGAGAGAAGGACUUGAGAUCUUGGAAACAUAAUGCAAAGUAACUAGGGCAUAUUUUUGGAUUUUCUUACCAAACUUUAGUUUGGAGCCUGUAUAAUUAUCUAUAGCUAAUGUUGUACAGGAAAAUGGCUUUCUGUAAAUGGACACCGUCCAUCGUCUUUGCACAUAGUGUCUAAAAUGCAACAACUAAGGAAGGAAUGACUAUAUAGAAACAAGAAAAGUAAAGGGGUGUGAAUGACUAGAGGUGUUGUGGCCAUUUUUAAAAUUACUGUGAACUGCUUUGCAGCUAUAAGUCACCAUUUAUACCUCCUGAGAGCACCUUCACUUUAUUUUUAAGAACUGAAUUGAGGCUAUCCCCUUUUCAAGACCAUCACUGGAGAAAAAUAUAAAACCAGGACCGCCUGUAGACGGAUGAACAAUGUUUUCAGAUAGACUCUGGAACUUUAUGAUUUAUUCAAAUGUUCCUACGUCAAGUUUAUAUGACUGAGGAACCGUGUGAGAGGGAGUUUCUUAAGGAUUCCUCAAACAUCUGUGAUGUAUGUGUCUCAGCUGUGUAGAAAUGCAGCUCUCUUUUUUUAGUCACUGAGAGGCUUUUUAUAGUGGAUUGUCCUGCUUUUACGAGUAUGGCCGUAAAUCUGCAACACAAGUGCACCAAUCUUGGUUGUAUAUCGGCAAACUAUUAGCAUCAUAAUCAGUGCAUUUGUUUUCAUCUUAAAUGUGUCUCCUAAAAGAAGGAAAAUCAUGAGCUUUAUUGUCACAGUAAAGCCAUUUACUACUGACCUUUCAGACCGUUAAUGUGUCAUAUUUCUCUAGAACCCUGGCACUUCACUGGGCUAAUAUAUAUUUUAAACAAUGAAAAAAUAAAUAAAUAAUCCAUUUUAAAAUA